CCCAUCUAGUAGUUGCGUUCACUAAUUGAGCCUUCCCUUUUUGUUGUUGUCCCCGAGUAAUUGGCUCUUUAUUACUAGAAAGGGAUGAGGUAGAGCAAGCAACCUCCAAGACUCUUGGCAUGACGUCUCUAGAUUCUCCUCCACGGAUGAAGAAGCUCCUUAGCUUCUUUUUAUCUACUCUUUUCCUACUCACUGUCGUCAACUCUGAGACGACUUGCCGGAACUUCAAAUCGAUCAUCAGCUUCGGCGACUCCAUUGCCGACACUGGAAACUUGCUCGGCCUCUCUGAUCCUAACAAUCUUCCUAAAGUAGCGUUUCCGCCGUACGGAGAAACGUUCUUCCAUCAUCCCACAGGCCGUUUCUCAAACGGUCGCCUCAUCAUCGAUUUCAUUGCUGAAUUCUUGGGGUUUCCGCUCGUACCACCUUUUUACGGAUCUCAAAAUGCAAACUUUGAGAAAGGAGUUAAUUUCGCGGUCGGGGGAGCAACGGCACUUGAGCCUUCAGUUCUCGAGGAGAGAGGGAUUCAUUUUGCUUACACCAACGUCAGUUUAGGAGUUCAGCUCCAGAGCUUCAAGGAUAGUUUGCCUAACCUUUGUGGCUCCCCAACAGACUGCAGAGAUAUGAUCGAAAAUGCUUUGAUUCUCAUGGGAGAAAUUGGAGGGAAUGACUAUAAUUACCCACUCUUUCUUGGCAAACCCAUUGAAGAGAUCAGAGAGCUGGUUCCACUUGUGAUCACUACUAUCUCUUCUGCAAUCACGGAGUUGAUUAGUAUGGGGGGAAGAACAUUUCUGGUGCCAGGAGAGUUCCCGAUCGGAUGCGCAGUAAUCUACUUGACAUUAUAUAAAACACCAAACAAGGAAGCAUACGAUUCUUCAGGUUGUUUGAAAUGGCUGAACGAGUUUGCAGUAUACCACGACGACCAGCUUCAGGCAGAACUCAACAAGCUCCGGAAGCUGUACCCUCAUGUCAACAUCAUAUACGCAGACUAUUACAACGCUCUGUUACGCCUUUCCCAAGAACCAACCAAAUUUGGGUUCAUAGACAGACGCUUGCCUGCUUGCUGCGGUUUUGGUGAGAAGGGGAUGGAAUGUUGUAGUGAUCCUUCAAAGUAUGUGAGUUGGGACUCUGUUCAUAUGACUGAGGCUGCGUACAGAUUUAUGGCUGAGGGGGUUCUUAAGGGACCCUAUGCCAUUCCACCUUUUGAUUGGUCUUGCCUCAACCCUGAAAUUAAGAACAGUGGAUCAUCUGACACAAAAAAGUAUCAUUUGAUGAACCACUAAUAUAGCUUGGUCUGAAAAUUGAGACAUAGAAGGAUGGAUGGAUACUGAUAAAAAAAUAUGUAUGUUCUUCAGUGCUUGUAUUGGUUCAUGUAUUGUACUAAUAGACAAUUUGUAUUCUUGUUAUGGUAAUGCGAAUAUUUCUUCA